UUGCGCGAAUUAUCAAACCAUCAACAAAGAUGGAGGAAGGGGUGUUGUUUCCUGUGGUUAUCACAACCAUUCUUAACUAAAACGGCUUAUUUAUUGAUAUAAAGUGAUAGAUGGUCCUUUUGAAGUUUUCUGUUAUCGUUCAUAUCAUUAGCGGUGUCUGUGGGGAGAGGUCUGCAGACUCUGAAACAUAAAAAUGAUCAAUGCCUGCUUCUGUUGUUGAAGUGGAAUCAUUGCCAAAAACGUUACCAUCAAAUAAAAAUUCAUCAGUAACAUCUAUAAAUGUAAAUAAUUUACAGAGUAAUUCUCUUGAUAAAAAAUGCUCUGAAAACACUUAUAAGGCCACUGAAUGCAAUAAUGCUAGUGCAGCAAUACCACAUCAAAUUUACGAAGUUUCUCCAGAUGGUAAAACUACUCUUGAUAAUGUUUUAGAUAGUAUACCAUUAGUUUAUAAUCCUUCCACAAGACAAAUACAUUUACAAGAUAGCUGUGUUGUUAGCAAUGGGCAUUUCUCCAUACACUUAGACAAUGGAAAGGUAUCUCAAAUGGGGGAUGAUUUUCCCAAAACAAGGGAAACUGUUCAGCAUUUUAUGGCCACAGAAGCAUGCGAAAUUGUCAAUACCUGCAAUGAAAGCAAUAAAAAUGAAGACAUAUCAAUUUCAACAUUUACUACCGUUGGGGAUAGUGAUAAAGAUGACGACUGUAUUAAGGAAAAUGCAAGACAUUCCCCAGUCUGUUUAUUUACAUCUCAGACAGAUGCAUCCUCAUUUACCAGUGCUUCAUCUGUAAGUACAGGCACAGAAUUUUCACUUGGUGUUGCAGAAUCUUAUGGGGAUAAUAAAACACCAUUGUAUAAUUCUUGUGAUAAUUUAGACAUUGCAAGUGAUGAUAUAUAUAAAGGUGCAAAACCAAAGAAACGUGGAUUCUCCAGCAUUUUUUCUAGAACUUUACUUCCUUGGAAAACAAAAGAAACAAAAGAGCAGAUUUCACCUGAGGAUGAUCAAGGAGAAUCUCGAUGUCCUUCUGCAUGUUCUGCCAAUAGUAGACAUAGUGAAGAAUGUGUGGCUAGUUCUACAACUGCUUUAAUAUUAGAAAAUAGGCCCACUAAUCUUCCUGCAAAACAUCCUGAAGAGGAAAGUCGACACAAGUUGGAAUAUGAAGAAAUGGUUAAAGCUGCAAGGAAAAAAGAGCAAUAUCUUUGUAGGAAAGAUGCCAAGAAAACUCGUGAAUUAUGGUGGAAGGGUUUGCCCCCGAGCGUUCGAGGAAAAGUAUGGCAACAUGCCAUCGGUAAUGAUUUAAACAUAACAGAGGAGCUUUAUGAUAUUUGUGUUAGUCGUUCAAAGGAAAAAAUAUGGAUAUCAGAAUCUCAUUCAGAUACAGAGCAAUAUCUUUGUAGGAAAGAUGCCAAGAAAACUCGUGAAUUAUGGUGGAAGGGUUUGCCCCCAAGCGUUCGAGGAAAAGUAUGGCAACAUGCCAUUGGUAAUGAUUUAAACAUAACAGAGGAGCUUUAUGAUAUUUGUGUUAGUCGUUCAAAGGAAAAAAUAUGGAUAUCAGAAUCUCAUUCAGAUACAGCAAAUGCCAAAGGAAAAGAAGGUGCUGCAGAAUUUAUUAAACUAGAUGUGUCUCGUACGUUUCCACAGUUGGGAAUAUUUCAAGAGGGAGGUCCUUAUUAUAGUGUUCUGCAAAGUAUGCUGGGUGCUUAUGUAAUUUAUCGUCCAGAUAUUGGAUAUGUACAGGGUAUGUCUUUCAUUGCUGCCAUGUUACUUUUGAAUAUGGAUGCAGUUGAUGCAUUCAUCUGUUUUGCCAAUUUAUUAAACCGGCCAUGCCAACUGGCAUUUUUCAGAGUGGAACAACACAUGAUGACAGCAUACUAUUCUAUGUAUGAAGAAUUUUUCAAGGAAAAUUUAGGAGCUCUUUUCAAUCAUUUUGAUAAGCAGGGAUUAAGUUCUGACUUGUAUCUUGUAGAUUGGAUUUAUACGCUCUUCAGUCGAUCUUUGCCACUUGAUGUAGCUUGUAGAGUAUGGGAUGUGUUUCUCAGAGAUGGAGAAGAAUUUCUUUUCAGAACAGCAUUAGUAACAAGUGGUGCCACAUGCAGUUUUAAAAGUUGUGCCAUUAAGUCCUGCGAGCAUCAGUACAAAGUAUGGUUUACUUUGGUAAAGGAGGAAGGAGACGAGAGUGGAUGGAAGAAAAAAGAUCCAAGAGCUUGA